GCAACCGAGUCGCACUCAGCUCAGAUCUAGCUUUUGGUUCCCUCUUCGCCGCAGAGCUGGCUACUCCGGAGGAAUCCCAGAGUCAAGAAAAUCUCUCCAGGACCUCUCUGUCAAAUGGUGACUGUACAAGAACACCUUCUGGAAUCUUCGAGAGAAAUGGAAUAGGUAUUCAUACAACUCCAAAUGGGAUUGUCUACACAGGAAGCUGGAAAGAUGACAAGAUGAAUGGUUUUGGAAGACUUGAACAUUUUUCAGGAGCAGCAUAUGAAGGCUACUUUAAGGACAACAUGUUUCAUGGACUGGGGACUUACACAUUCCCGAAUGGGGCAAAGUACAUUGGAAAUUUCAAUGAAAAUAGGGUGGAAGGCGUAGGACAGUACACUGACACCCAAGGGCUGGAGUGGUGCGGCAUCUUUCAUUUCACAGCUGCCCCGGGCCUGAAGCUAAAGCUCCACAUGUAGAUGUUCUGCAAGUUUUAAUGUGGUGAUUGAAGCUGUUCGUUGUAAGGAAAACAAAUAUGUCAUCCGAAAUAACUUCACACACCACCUCUCUAUUAUAAUUUUGCCAAUAAAGCCGUCAUUCACUUA